AUGCAAAAGAGUGACAAUAUGACACCCACGAUGCACAUCACCUCACGGCACAAGAAAGCAGUCUCAUGCGCUAUGUUACUCAUGGGAGCGUUAUUUGAAGGUGCACAAGUCCGGUUUUUGAAGACGAAAGAAUCUCACUACGCACCAAAAGUACUUCGUGGGGAAGAGGUGAUGUGGGCAGACGCACCAACUCUUUCCGAGGACUUUACUGUCUUUCAGAAAUACUCAAACUACCUUACAACAAAUCUUCAUCAUAUUAUUCAAACAGCAAAACAAGUCUUAACUCCUGAGAUAAAAAUCACCUUCGAUGAUAUGAAAAUUCUCACCCCUCAAAACUUCCAAUUGAAAAAAGAUACGCGGUCGAACGAAGCAGCAUUCUCUAAUUACUUGGCGUGGUGUUUAUUAAAGAGAGGUUAUACCCUCGAUGUCAAUACAGUCGGUUUAAAAUACUCAAAACUCUCUUCUACGUUCUUCACUUUUAACGCCAUCUCGAACAAAAAAUUCGCUCUCUCGACUAAAAACUCGGAUACUCACUACUCUUUCAUUAAAAUGGCUCAAAACCUUUUGUACCAUAAUGACGCAGUAACACUCUCGAUUCAAAACUUCCCUAAAGAACUCUUCGAAACUUCUGAAACACACACAGAGACGUCUUCGACAAAACAAAUCCGGUCAGCCUUUGUACCUGCUCCUCUAUACUCCUUUCAAGUGUUCAAUUCUUUGUAA